AAGAGUAUGCAUGGGUUAGCAUGCUACUCUCAGUGAUAGCUUCAUAGUCAUAUUUAAAUGACUUUAAUCGGCCGGUUGAUCACAAGGCGAGAACUAAGCGUGGGAGGACUUGUGACAACCAAAUCAAUGGCUUCUUCUCUCAUGGCAGCCCAAACAAUGCACGUCCUCCUCGAUCCCGCUGCUUCCCUUUUCCCCGACCACUGCACCGCCGCUUUCUCACUCUCCUCAGCUCGUAUUCACCGUCGUCUACCCAGACUCUUCUCCUUUUCUCCUCUCCCAAAACCAUCAAAAUCAAGAAUUUCAGCUUCCAUUUCCCCAGCCCUCAGAAAUCCGGCAAUGAAUUCGUCCAAGAACCCGGACCCGGAUCAGGAUUUGCUCUCCGGGUCAACGCGGAGCGUCACGACCCUCGUUGCCAUCGCCCUAACCGCCUCAAGAUUCUUCGCCGACGGGCUCCUCAACUUGGCCGUACAAUUGAAGGUGCCUUUGUUAUGUACCGCAGGCCCCGCGUUCUUCGCCGCGAUAAAGGACGUGCCGAUGGGCGCGUUGAACACGCCGUUCACGGUGGUGGCGGCUGGGAUGGCGAAAUGGUUGGACUUGUACAGUGGUGUUUUGAUGGUUAGGGUUUUGUUGAGCUGGUUUCCAAAUAUACCCUGGGAUAGGCAGCCGUUGUCUGCAAUUAGGGACCUGUGCGAUCCAUAUUUGAACUUGUUCAGGAAUAUAAUUCCUCCGAUUUUUGAUACAUUGGAUGUUAGUCCCCUCUUGGCAUUUGGUGUUCUGGGAGCGUUGGGCUCGAUCCUGAAAAGCAGCAGGCGAGCUUACUGAGGCGGUUGAUUGUAUUGAGUGGCAUUUGUAUGGGUAAGAAGCAAUAGCUUAGUGAAGUUUUGUCAUACGUGUAUUAAUGGGUAGAUUUGGCUCGAUAUGUACCACAAUUAUAUAGAAUUAGAUACUUGCAGACGAUGUUAAUUAUUUGAAAGAAGUUGAUUUGGGGUGGACUCUUGAA